ACAUGUGUUAUUUGCGUAAAGAAGUUCACAGAAAAAGAAUUUCUCUACAUGUUGCAUUGUGGUCAUGCUUUCCACAUGGAAUGUUUAAACAGGUGGUUUGAAGAGAAGCAAAGCUGUCCGUAUUGCAGACAAAACGUCAUUGUCGGUAGUUUCACUGAGUACAGGCGGGAGCUCUACGUUGAUGAAAUU